AUGGCCGCCUCCACGGCCGCCCUGGACGAUGUGGAGGAGGUGGCCAGGGCUGCUGUGCAGGCGAUUUCGGCCUUGUGGCCGCCACAGCCAAGCCAGCAAUCCGAGUUCGCCUUGGAUGCCAUGCUCGCCAAGCUGGAGCCCGGGCCACUGGGCGCGCAGCUGCGCUGCGAGAUCCUCCUGGUGCUGCCCCGCUUGACAGGGUGCAGUCGGUCGAAAGCAACGUCGGCGGCCACGGCUUGCCUGGUGGAUCCAGAUGUGUCGGUGAGCAAUGCCGCUGUGCAGGCUAUUCGGAAGCUGUCCCAGCGCGGGGACACGGCCUUGGAGGAAGCCUUGCUGAGAUAUGCUGGGCACGAAGACGUGGAGGUCCGACGCUCCGUGGUGGAGCUACUGGGGCUCGUGGCCACCGGCGGCAGCCGGGCCGAAGCCACCUUGAGAUCGCUGCAGGAGGACGAGGAGCUGAGUUCAGUAGCCGCCAGCGCCCUCAGGAGAAUCCCUUAG